AUGCCAAAACAAAACGCAUCUGAAAAGAAGAACGAGGACUCUGUCAUCAUGGAUGAAAAUUAUGAAACGAGCAGUGAUGAAAGUAGCAGUGAAAGCGAAGAUGAAAUGGUUUCUGUGAAAAUGACAAACAGGAUGAUCGCUUUGGAAUAUAGAUUAGAGGGACACUCCGAAGUUCCACUCUAUUUGUUUUAUAAACAACACAAUGGAGCCAUUCCGAAUAACAAAAACGAUGAGAAUGAUAAAAAUCACAAAAACGAGAGGACAAAGGGUCAUGUUUUAUUUUGCACAAAUCCAUCUCCCUUUUUGAAUGAAGAAGGCUUGUCAGAAUUGUUUGCUUCCAAUUUUGAUUCACAAAUUGGGCAAUGUGUGAUGAGUCACUUAGAAGAAAAGCAUGAUCAUGUUGAGAAUUGGUUAGAAUUUCAAAACCCAUUCUCAAUGUAUCGAGACCAUCCUAGAAUUAAAAGUGGAACAGCACACAUACUUUUGAAUAAGGCUUCAGCUGUGCAAAAAGCUUUAGAAAAGCCAAUAAUUUCGGCAAAGGUUCAAGCAAGACCUGAGCCAAAACGUGGAUUGGAUAAAUAUUUAGAAGAAUAUCAAACAAUACAAUUUCCAUCUGAAAAAUCUGAAAGAGAUGAAGCCAAGAAGGAAUUGAAUCAAUACAUGAAGGAAUUUGACAUCAAAGAAAAACAAAGAAUGCAGGUCAUUAACGUUUUGAGAAACAAAGCCGAUGACAAAGGUUGGACAAAGGUAUUUCAUAGAGGAAAUUCUGGACCUAUUCAUGCAUCCGAACUAAAGCCAAAGAAGAAGAUCAAAAAGGUUCCUCAAAAGAUGAAACACAGACUCGAUUUGCCAUUCUACAAGUUCCAAAAAGUUGAAAAGAAAAAGAAAGCUUUUGAGGAUUUGCGAGAGCAAUUCGAGCGAGAUCAAGCCCUCAUUGAAAGAAUGAAAAGAGAGAAGAAGUUUGAAUCUGUAAGCAAAGCCAAUGACUCCAAUAUUUAA